AUGGAGUGUUUUGGAUACGAGUCGAAGGUUAAGCUCGAACAGAUGGCGUACCCUGCCCGGCUGGAGGUGGCCACCCUCCUAGGAGCGGGGGAGGGGGGGACCGAGGACCCCCCAGGAGCCCCCGCCGCCACCCCAGGCCUUCCUCCUGUAGCAGAUACUACUGUCACGGCUCCUCAGGGGGUCUUUGUCAUCGCGGACUCGGCCAAGAGAUCCAAAUCUGCAGGCAUGGUGGCCUCAGGGCGCGUCGCCUCCUCCGGGCGGGCGCCCCCCCUGCGCCCGGCCGCGCCCGCCCCCGUCACCCGCCUGGCCUCCUCGCCGCGCCCUCGCUCCAGCCCGCGCAUCGGGCGGCGCUGCACGCGGGUCACGCCCCUCCCGCCCGGCACUGUCCUCCACGCCCCUCCGGACGCGACGGACGGCCUGCAGGAGCCCAGCCGCCACGCCAAGGGCAGGGCGUCGUCGCCGGCCGAGCGCCGCCCUCCGCGCCCUUCGCCCGGCAGGAGUCCUUCGCGUCCCCCGUGGAGCGGCAGGAACUCGCGGGCCUCCAGCGCCGCCGCCAGGGAGGACCCGCAGGCGCCGUGGCCCACGUCGUCCCUGGACAGCGGCCCCAUCGAGCACUCCACGCCCGCGGCCUCGUCGUCGCCCGGCCGCGCCUCCUCCAAGGAAAGUCGAAGUCCGUGGCGAGGGAUGUACACAGUGCCAACCAUCAACGUGGCAUCGGAUAGUUCAAGCACAGGAAGGAAGUGGCUGCGGUAUUGUGCCUCUCCGAGCAGUGACGUCAGUAAUUUCACGAGCCUCGAGCACAGCCGCUACGUGACCGAGCGCAUCCACAACCUCGUCACGGCGUUCAGUCAGCGCGCCAGCAGAGUCAAGGCGCAGAUCACGCAGCCUCCCACGCCGUCUACGGAGCUGUCUGAAGGAGGAGAAGACUCCCACCGUCCCGCCGACAUCCGCCAGCGCCUCGACUCCCUGAUGCCCGAGCUCUCGUCCAGGUCGCCGUCGCCGCAGUCUCUGGUGGGCGUGAAUACCCGUCGGGCGCGCCUCCUCCGUCGGUUCCGCUCCUGCAGGAGGGCGCUCGACUUCCCCAAGGCCAUGGAGCCGCAUAGCCGCCUGUACAUCUGGUGGCUCCUCGUCGUCUCCAUCGCGUACGUGUACAACGCGUGGGUGAUUCCCCUUCGCUUCGUGUUCAGCGAGUACCAGAACAAGCACAAUUUGGUGUACUGGAUGGUGGCAGACUACACGGCCGACCUGAUCUACGUCAUGGAUAUUUUGUUGUUCCAGUCGCGAAUUAAGUACCUGGACAACGGCUUCUGGGUCAGUUCCAGUAAGCUUAUGAGGACGCACUAUGGCAAGUCGGCGAAGUUCCGAUACGAUCUUAUUGCCUUGUUGCCUCUCGACUUCCUCUACUUCAAGUUCGGCCCUCUGUCCAUAUUCAGGCUGCCUCGACUGAUCAAGAUCAAAACUUUCUGGGAAUUCUUCAACCGCCUGGACUCGGUGCUGUCGUCUCCCCACGCGGUUCGAGUGGUUCGGACGGUGCUCAACAUGCUCUACCUGAUCCACCUGAACACCUGUGCUUAUUACGGCUUCUCCAAGGUGGAGGGCAUUGGCUCCAACCGAUGGGUCUUUCAGGGCAAAGGCAAUGCGUACAUCCGCUGCUUCUACUUCGCCACCAAGACGGCUACGAGCAUCGGCAAGAACCCGAAGCCGGAGAACGAGGCGGAGUACAUGUUCAUGACGGCGUCUUGGCUCAUGGGGGUGUUCGUCUUCGCUCUGCUCAUUGGACAGAUCCGGGACAUCGUGGCAACGGCGACGCGGAACCAGAACGAGUACCGGAAAGUGAUGGACCAAACGCAGGCUUACCUCCACCGCCUCAACCUUCCCCCCCUUCUGCAGGAGCGCGUCAGGCUGUGGUUCACCUACACGUGGCAUAACCAGAAGACGUUGGACGAGAUGAGAUGCCUCCAGUCCCUGCCGCGCAAAAUGAGGACAGACAUCGCCAUCAACGUGCACAUCCAGACGCUCUCCAAAGUUCAGCUGUUUCAGGACUGCGACAAAGCGCUGCUCAGGGACCUCGUGCUUAAACUCAAACCGGUGUUAUAUUUACCCGGGGACUACGUGUGUAAAAAGGGAGAAGUAGGGAAGGAAAUGUACAUCGUGCAGACCGGCCAAGUGCUCGUGAUGGGCGGCGAGCGAGGAGACGUGGUUCUGGCGACGCUCGGGGAAGGAAGCGUCUUCGGGGAGAUCUCGCUGCUCGCGCUCGCUGGAGGGAAUCGACGCACGGCUAAUGUACGGUCUCGCGGGUUCAGUAGUCUCUUCGUCCUGAGCAAGUCUGACCUUCAGGCUACGAUCAAGGAUUAUCCGGAGGCACAAGAAAUUCUCAAGAAAAAGGCAAAGCGACUGAUCAAGCAGAACCAAGCACGGGAGAAACAAGAACCUCCAGCAGACGAGAACGUGAUCAUCAAAUCCAGGGAGAGUACGCCUAAGUUACUCCAUACUGUGUUGCAGGUGGUGCGUCCGGACUCCUACACCGCCAGCGUCAUCCGGCGAUACUCCCGCACUUUCUCCCGCUCGACUCUCGACAUCCCCUCGUUCGAUUCCAUGUCCGAGACCGGUGGAUGGCCGUGGCUUCCGUCUCCUCGCCAGCUCAUGUCUUCGGCUUCCCUCGAGGUCCCUACUAGAAGCAGUAGGAGGUCUGCCAGGGGGUCAUUCAGGUUGAAUUCUCACGCGUAG